AAUCAGCUGCGGGGGCGAGGUGGGGGGAGCCAGGGAGCCAGAGCGCCCAGCAGCAGACUGCGGGAGACCAGCAGGUGCUCCUCCGCCGAAGCCUUCCUUCCCUCUCCCGUUGAAAUUAGACCUGGGGGGCAAAAGGAGGAAUCGGAGUUCUGCCUAAGCCGAGGGCGCCGCGUGGAACAAAAUACAUCAUAAGCCAUGGAUGUGUUCAUGAAAGGACUUUCAAAGGCCAAGGAGGGAGUUGUGGCUGCUGCUGAGAAAACCAGGCAGGGUGUGGCAGAAGCAGCAGGGAAGACAAAAGAGGGAGUCCUCUAUGUAGGUUCUAAAACGAAGGAGGGAGUGGUUCAGGGAGUGACAACAGUGGCUGAGAAGACCAAAGAGCAAGUGACAAAUGUUGGCGGGGCUGUGGUGACUGGUGUGACAGCAGUCGCUCAGAAGACCGUGGAGGGAGCUGGGAAUAUUGCUGCUGCCACUGGUUUUGUCAAGAAGGACCAGAUGGGCAAGGGUGAAGAAGGGUACCCACAAGAAGGAAUUCUGGAAGACAUGCCUGUGGAUCCUGGCAGUGAGGCUUAUGAAAUGCCUUCAGAGGAAGGAUACCAAGACUAUGAGCCUGAAUCCUAAGAAUGUCUUUGCUCCCAGUGUCGUGAGAUCUGCCGGCCGCUGUUCCAUGGCGUACAAGUGCUCAGUUCCAACGUGCCCAGUCAUGACCUUUUCUCAAAGCUCCACAGUGUGUUUCCAAGUCUUCCAUCAGCAGUGACCCAUGUCCUGUACCUGCCCCUCAGCGUCCCGGUGCUUCCCUCUCACUACAGUAAAUAUGUGGUAGCAGGGUCUUGUGUGCUAUGGCUAUUGUGGCUUCAAACCUAAAAUGUUAGAAGUUUAAAACACCUAAGUGACUACCACUUAUUUCUAAAUCUUCACUGUUCUUUUUGUUGUUGUUGUUGCUGUUCUUAAAAAGUUGUGAUUUGCUAUCUUAUAAGAGUUUUGGGUGUCCUUAAUGAUUCUUUCUGUCUAAGAAGAACAGUAUAUUAUGAAAUUUGUUAAUACAUAUUUUAAAAUAUGUGAGCAUGAAACUAUGCACCUAUAAAUAUUAGUUAUGAAUUUUACAGUUUUGUGAUGUGUUUUAUUAACUUGUGUUUGUAUAUAAAUUGUGGAAAUUAAAAUAAAAUAUUAUCUC